AUGAAGCAUAGCAGGGAUAAUUCCAUGGCAGAAAAAGAUAUCCAGACUAGAGACGAGGAAGUGGCCUCAACGGAGAGUCCACAGGCAAAACAUUCUAAUCCCGUCCACUGGUACCGUUCUACCUUCUACAAUGCCCUCAUCCUCGGCAUCUGCAACUUCCUGGCCCCCGGAAUCUGGGGCGCCAUGAACUCCCUAGGAGGCGGCGGAGCCCAAGAGCCCUACCUGGUGAACACGGCCAACGCGCUGACCUUCUGUCUGAUGGUGGUCUCGUGUUUCUUCGGCAGCGUUGUUGUGCGCUUCGUAGGCAUCAAAUGGACUCUCAUUCUGGGUACCAUGGGCUACGCUCCUUACGCUGCGGGUCUCUACACGAACAACCGUUUCCAUAGCGAAUGGCUAACCAUCCUGGGUGCAGCUCUCUGCGGCCUCUCCGCAGGUCUCUUCUGGAUGGCUGAGAGCGCCAUUGCGCUAUCCUAUCCGGAGCCUUAUAAUCAGGGCCGAUUCCUAGGCUUCUGGCUCAGUUUCCGCGUCGGUGGCCAGAUCCUCGGCGGCGCUAUUAAUCUCGGCAUCAAUGCCCAGCGCAACACUGCAGGAAGCGUUUCCUAUACCGUCUUCCUCAUCUUCAUCGCCCUGCAGGCGCUGGGCCCUUUCGCCGGUUUGCUCUUAACCUCCCCAGGGCGCGUACAGCGCACUGACGGCCGUCCCGUUAAAUUGCGCAUCUCGCACGAUCCGCUGUUUGAAAUCAAAGCAACAGCAAGGCUGUUCAUCAGUCGUCCUUUCCUACUUGUUGUUCCGCUCAUCGCGCAAGCCGUCUACUCCGAGGCAGUCAUGUUCACCUACCUCUCUCUAUGGUUCUCCGUGCGCGCGCGCGCUCUGGGCUCAUUCCUAUCUGGUAUUCUGGCUCUCACGAUGGGGAAUCUUCUCGGCGCGUUUCUCGAUCGGAAUCAUAUCUCUUUGAAAUCGCGCAGUCGAGGUGCCUUUUUGACGAUUCUAGCCCUGCAGGGCGCAUGGUGGAUCUGGGGAUCCAUCAUCGUCACGGAGUUUCAUCAGACCCGGCCAACGUAUGACUGGGUUGAUGCCGGGUUUGGACGUGGGUUUGCUCUGUAUCUGUUCUGGGUGAUAGGGUUUCAGCUGAAUUAUAUGUUUUUGUACUUUAUCGUCGGAAAUAUUGCUAAGGAUGAAGAGGAGGUGGUCCGUCUGUCGGGUUUGCUGAGAGGAACGGAAUCAGCCGUGCAGGCUGUCUCGUACGGGUUGAGCAGUGUCGCUGUCAUGGCGAGUGUCGGCAAUAUCUAUCUCAAUUUCGGAUUGUGGGCUGUUUCUAUCCUGCCGGCUUGGGUGGUUGUUCGGGAAUUUGUGACGGAUAGAAAGCUGGGAGAUGAUUCUGCGUAA